UCUAUCUGGCUUAAUGGACGGGUGGGGGGAAUGGAGACGUACCGCGCGCUCGACUCCGCGAAGGAGGAAGAAAAAAAGCAGCCUCUCUCUCGGGCUGUCAUAGCGCGGCGGGUGUCGCGCGAGGUACGCGAGGAGAAAACCCGCGGCCAGUCUCGCGCAUCACCGACGGAGGACGACCUGACCUGGGUCGUGCCGCGUAGUCCCGCGCACGCUUAGCUGACCCCCGGCCUGUGCUGUUGAACGAGAGGAUGUGGCACAUUGGUGGAGAUGGCACAUACCAUCUCAAAGUCCUGGUACCAGGAGUGGCAGCUGGAGCUAUUAUCGGCAAAGGUGGUGAAACGAUCGCCCAGCUACAAAAGGAUACAGGAGCGAGGGUCAAAAUGUCCAAGUCGCACGACUUUUAUCCAGGGACGACUGAGCGGGUGUGUCUAAUAACCGGUAGCGUAGACGCUAUUAUGGCGGUUAUGGAUUUCAUUAUGGAAAAAAUCCGCGAGAAGCCCGACCUCACGACGAAGACGACGGUCGACUUUGAUUCCGGCAAAGCGACCGCGGAAAGGGAUAAGCAGGUGAAGAUCCUGGUGCCAAAUAGCACGGCGGGGAUGAUAAUCGGCAAGGCUGGAAACUACAUCAAGCAAAUCAAGGAGGAGUCCGGCUCUUACGUGCAAAUCUCUCAGAAGGCUAAGGACGUGUCGCUACAGGAACGUUGCAUCACUGUCAUCGGCGAGAAAGAGAAUAACUGUAAUGCCCUCCUCAUGAUACUUGCCAAGGUCGCGGAUGAUCCGCAAAGCGGCACCUGCCUCAACGUUAGUUACGCCGACAUCAGCGGACCCGUAGCUAACUACAACCCGACCGGCAGCCCAUAUGCCCAGGCACCUACAACCACGCCCACUUAUACCCCGACCGCCGGUAUCAACACAGCAGUGAGCAUCCUGAAUGGCGCGGGCUUGAGCCUGAAUCUGAACCUGGGCGCAGCCCUGACGGCCGGCACGACGCCCGGCACGACGAGCCAACUGCUCGAGCACAUAAAGCUGAGCCUACGCACGACCGGCUUCACCGAGCCCGCGGCCACAGAGAUUCUCGCCGCUGUCGCUACCCUCGUCAAGUACAACGUCCUCGGCAUGGGUAUCGGCAUGCCCUCGACCAUGCCUUAUCUUGGCAACGCCAUGGACUCACAGACGACGGUGGCCAACGGCACCAGCAACAACGGGGGCGUCUUCGGCCCAAUAGGGACCGUGCCCACCCUCGGCUCGACAUCGCCGACGCCGCGCUCGGCCCUCGACCGCUUCGAGCCUUUCGUCGACCCGUUCCGGCAGAACAGCAGCGCCGCCGCGGCCGCGGCCGCCGCCAUAAACCUCAACAAUAACUCGUUCGGCCUCGGCACGAACCAGUUGUCACUCGUAAGUAAGAGCCCCACCGGCCAGGUGGACGCGGCGAGCGCCGCCGCCGCCGCCGGCAUCAAGGAGGGAAAGAAAGACAUUGAGAUUGCAGAGGUUAUAGUGGGAGCAAUAUUGGGACCCGGCGGUCAGAAUCUCAUUAAGAUACAGCACCUGAGCGGCGCGAACAUACAGAUCUCGAAGAAGGGCAUCUUCGCCCCCGGUACCAGAAAUCGCAUCGUCACGAUCACGGGAUAUCCCGAUGCGAUCAGAACGGCUCAUUAUUUGAUCGAGCACAGGAUCAGCGAGGAGGAGGCGAAGCGAGCGCGCCAUAAUACCAUAACCAUGAUUCAUUGAUCGGACUCGGUGUCCGCCAAUAAAGGCUGGCCGUUCGUUUGAGCGACUCCGCGUACGAGACGUCGCUCGGCCCGUCGUCACCACGCGCCAAGGGUCCG